AUGGCAGCCCCACGCAAAUUCUUUACAGAGCUUCCCAAACUCAAGGUGCUAUCACGUCCAGAAGAUAAAAGGUCUGAAGUUACGGUCUAUGUCAAAGGCUUCCUUGCACAAGGUGAAUCACCAGAACGAUUUGAAGAUUGGUUGCACUCGCAUCGGCUCCUUGUGCUAAGUCGACAGCAUAAUUGGGGUCCUGCAGCUUUAGGAUAUUCAUGGCCAUCUGGUUCGCCUCUUUCACAAAUCCCAAUACCAUUUGCAACACUUGGAUCCACUGCCUAUCUCAUCAGUCAAAAUUGGAAACGUCUUAGCCAUCUCAGGUUGCCUACUCCAGCAUCCAUUGUGGGUGCCGUUGCCAUGGAUGUGGGUCUCCAUGCAGCUCGUCUAGCCUAUCAAUUCUCAACAGCGACACGUGAAAGCCAUGAACGUGCAGAAAUGUUGGCAUGGCGAUUACUUGAUUUACGACGCAAGUACGAUACCCUACGCGUUGUGGGCCAUUCACUAGGAUGCAGACAUAUUGUGGAAGCAUGUUCAUUGAUGAGUCAUAAUGAAAGGCCUGAUGCUAUUCAUUUGUGUGCUCCUGCAUUGGUACAGCGUGACAUUCUCCCUUACAUUCAACCGAAUACGGGUGGUCUAGGACGACGAAAGACGGUCAUUUAUUAUUCCCACAAGGAUCUUACACUUGGCAUCCUGCUUCGAGCACUUCUCAAAGGUGAACAAGCAAUAGGAGAGAUUGGUAUACCGGAUAUCGAAUUAGACAAGACCGUAACCAUGGUGGAUGCAAGCUCGUCCUUGGGAGGAUUCUAUAUUCAGGCACAUACAGAUUAUGCUGAUAAAUUCCAUUACUUUGCUCUUCCCAAUAAACGCGUACUACCAAACGAUGAUACAAGAUAA